UUGAUCCCGGUUCUAAUAUUCUACAUGGCUCCACCGAAGCCUAAGGAGGUGGCCAAGGCCCCUGCGGCUCCUGCAGGCGGAGUCAAAAAAGCUAAAGCUGGAAGACCGAGGAAUUAUGAUUUAGGCAAUGGAGUAGUACGUUUCUCCAAAACUAAAAUGUUUCAUAAAAAGGCCAAGUACAAGUUCAUUGGUAAGAAGAAUCCCAAGGCAGAAAAGCCCAAAAAGCCCACAGUUGUGGUAAAGCAAAUUGGUGGUGAGAAGAACGGAGGUACCCGUACAGUACUUUUGCGCCGUAGGAAGUCUUUCUAUCCCACUCAAGAUAAGAUCAUCACCCGUUCUCACCACAAGACUUUCAGCAAGCAUGUGCGUAAAACUAGGCCCAACUUGACAGUUGGUACCGUGUGCAUUCUGCUUGCAGGCAGGCAUGCAGGCAAGCGUGUUGUGCUUGUUGGAGUGCUGCCAAGUGGUCUGCUGCUUGUAACAGGACCUUUUGCUUUCAACUCAUGUCCUCUUCGCCGCAUUUCCCAACAUUAUGUUAUCAGUACAUCGACCAAGGUGGACCUUGGUGACUUCAAGCUGCCUAAGCACUUGAAUGAUGAAUACUUUAAGAAGAACAAGAAAAGUACCAAGCGCAGCGUCAAACGCAAACAGGGCGAGGACAUUUUUGCCAGCAAAAAAGAGAAAUAUGUUCCGUCGGAGCAGCGCAAAGCUGACCAGAAGACAGUUGAUGAGGCGGUGAUCAAGGCGAUCGGUCAGCGCGACGACAAGAAGGUGCUGCGCGGCUACCUUAAGUCCACGUUCGGCCUCCGCUCCAGCCAAUUCCCGCACAGAAUGCGCUUCUAG